AAAUAUGAUAUGCGAGCGCUGCGUGCAUAAAAACUGGUAAUAACGCACCGGGUUUCGUUGGUCCGUGAAAAUAAUCUAAAUUUUGUAAGGGGGAAGUAAAACGUAAAUACUGGCUUACAGUUGUGAAGAACAGUCAAAAUCCACUAGUGGUUAAUUCAUUUUUAAUUAUCAAAUCUUGAAUACAGUAUUCGUUAUGCCACAUCCAGCAAGUGGUGGUGCUCAGUUUCUGCAGCAUACUAGGAAGAUUAUUAGGUUUUCUCGGAAAGGGUGUACAAAUAGACCAUUUUAUCACAUAGUAGUUAUGGAAAGCUUCAGGGAUCAACAAGACCCAGUCAUUGAACAAGUUGGAACAUAUGACCCGUUACCCAAUCAACAUAAUGAAAAAUUAGUUUCACUCAAUUUGGAAAGAAUUCGUCAUUGGGUUGGAAAUGGUGCUGAUGUCUCCACACCAGUUGCCCAAUUAUUGGGUUUAUGCGGUUUUUUUCCUAUUCACCCAAGAUCUUACAUGACUGCAUGGAGGAAUCGCAGGGCUCAAGCACUAUCCGAAAAUAAUUCAAGUUCAUAGAAAGGUACACUUAACUUAUUAGAAAUUGAUUUAUUUUUACUUUGUAAUACAUAAUAGCUUUAGAAUUAAAAACUUGAUACUGUGUAAUAAUAAAGU